AUGGUUAAAGAAACCCUCCUAGGCACAACGAGGGCGAAAUUACAGCUUGGAACUUUGUUUUGGACGUUUGUAUGCUGUUAUGCAGCACUUUUGCCUUCAAUAUCCGCUCGGCAAUACAAUUUUCAAGUCCAGGAAGAAUUACAGCCGGGAGCUAUUGUGGGUACGCUUAACAUUACACAAGGAGAAACAUACUUACUCGAAAGAAAUUCACCUCAGUUUGCACUCAAUUCACAGACUGGGGUUAUCACUACUAAAUUGCGAAUCGAUCGUGACAAUUUGAACACAAAUCCUAUAGUCCUGCAAGUUCGAAAAAAUUCUUCUUCUUCGUCUUUCUCGGUUCACGUUCGAGUGGAAGACAUCAAUGAUAACACGCCCGAGUUUUCAUCACCCGUGUUUCUUGUGGAUAUUUUCGAAAAUGUCCCUUCUAACAGUGUGUAUUCGAUCGACUCAGCAACUGACUUCGAUGCGGCUGAAAAUGGCACGAUCGAUUAUGCGAUCGUGGCCGGCAACGAGGCUGGAAAAUUCAAACUUGGAAGGAACACAACCGAAUGUGGUGGGACUGCUCUAUGCAUCAUAACACAAGGCAACCUUGAUCGAGAAAAAGUCGCUGCUUACGAGAUAAAUAUCUCUGCUUCUGACCGCGGGAAACCCUCACUGCGUUCCUAUUGUUUGGUGAAUAUUACAAUUAUAGAUUUGAACGACAACGAUCCGGUGUUUACGACAAACUCGUACAAUGCUACGGUGGACGAGAACAGUCCAGCUGGAGUAGAAAUUUUAGCCGUUUCUGCCACUGAUAAAGAUCACUCUUUGAACGGUGAAGUCAUUUACUCCUUCGACCUUGAUAGUGAUUCAAAUAACUUUGAAUUAAAUUCAACGACGGGGGUUAUCAGAACUCGAGCACCGCUCGAUUACGAGUCGAAGACGCUUUACACCUUCAAAGUGUCUGCUAGAGACCAACCACUGGGUGUUCCAUCACGGCAAAGCAGUCAAGCAACGGUGGAAAUUCAUGUCAGAGAUUUAAAUGAUAACACACCACAAAUAAUACGGGUGGUAUAUGCAAACCGAAAAUACCCAGCCGAAGUAAUUGAAAACAGCGGUACCAAUGUACUUGUAGCCACAAUUUUUGUGAAAGAUGAUGAUGAUCCACAGGGUCCGAAUGGACAAGUUAUCAUGGAAACUUCAAACGACAAUGGGAGUUUUAAAAUUGAGUUUACAAGCAUCUUGCCACCGAAUGGCAUCUCUUUGUACAACCUCAAAACUGCAGUUUCCUUGGAUCACGAAAGAUCUGACUUUUACAACAUCACUGUCACUGUAAAAGAUAGAGGGACCCCUAGUCUAAAUUCCUCAGUACAUGUUCUUGUUAGAGUGAUAGACGUAAAUGAUGAAAUUCCUUCUUUUGGUAAAUCAGACUACUCAGCAUCUGUCAGCGAACUGGCACAGAAUGGCAGUUCUGUCUAUCGCUUGACGGCUACUGACUUAGACAUGGGAAGUAAUGGCAAGAUUUCAUAUUCAAUUCUAAGUGGCAAUGCAUUGCACUGGUUUCAGAUAAACUCUGUAUCAGGCCUUAUUACUACUGCUAUGUCUCUUGACAGAGAGCAUUUACCACAAGUAUCAUUGACUGUGCUUGCUAAAGACCAUGGUUCGCCUCCACUUAAUAGCACCACUGUUGUUAUGGUAUCCAUAGACGAUAUCAAUGACAAUGCACCUGAAUUUUCUCACAGUAUUUAUAACGUCACACUGGCUGAAAACAUGAAUCCAGGGACACCUGUUGUUACCUUAAGUGCCACAGAUGACGACGUUGGAAGUAAUGGGAAUUUGACUUAUAGGAUUGACUCUACUUCUCAGAUUGCUUUGGAUACUUUUACCAUCGGAACAAGUUCAGGAUUGUUAACAACAAAGAUUAAACUUGAUCGCGAAGUGAAGAGCGUGUAUGAUAUCCCCAUUAUUGCCUCUGAUCAGGGUCUCUUACCGCUAUCAUCAAGAACCUUAGUGCGAUUGCAGGUUACAGAUGUUAAUGAUAAUCACCCAGUAUUUUAUCCUGUGACUUAUAUUGUGAGCAUCUUAACAAAUGCUCAGCCCAGGGUUAUUACCCAGGUGACAGCAACUGAUCGUGAUGAUGGUACUAAUGGACAAAUUUUCUAUCGAAUUACAAGUGGGGCUGAUAGCAAAUUUGCCAUCAACUGCUCAAGUGGCGAAAUAAGUACACUGAUGCCUCUUAACAGUAGUGAGAAAGGAUUUUACCAGCUUAAUGUCACUGCUAAUGAUCUAGGAGGUCUUUAUGCUAAACGCGCUGCCACUGUGGAGGUGACAGUUCAGGGUCAGUCAGAUGACUUACCAGAGUUUGAGCACAGUCUUUAUAACUUCACUGUUUAUGAAAAUGAACCAUCAGGGACCUAUGUUGGCAAGGUCAUUGCUGCCGCAAAAGACAACAGUGAUAACAUUCUUUACUCCAUCGUGUCAGGGGAUCCUCAACAUGUCUUUGAGGUUGAUUCUGCUGGUGGAAUAAUCAUGCUUGAUGGACAUGUAGACAGAGAAAAGAGGGAUAAAUACUUAUUGCAUGUUGUAGCCAAGGCUGGAAUUGUGCAUCCUUUGUCAGCAACAACUUCCGUAAAGAUUGAUGUUCUGGACAGAAAUGACAAUCCGCCAUUGUUUUCCCCUUCAAGUGCUCAAGUUACUAUUGAUGCAUCCUGGCCUGUUGGAAAAGAAAUAUACCUAGCAAGUGCCACAGAUAAAGAUGCAGGUUUAAACGGAGCUGUUCGUUAUAAACUGACAUUUGACGGCAAUGGCCUCUUAAAGGUGAACACAACAUCAGGUAUGGUGUCCUUGUCAAGGAAGGUUAACAGUCUAGAUGAUCCUCAAUACCUCAUUCGAGUGUCUGCAUCAGACCAAGGAGCACCUCCGUUACGCAGUACCUUUAUGUUAACUGUGGUAAUAGUGACCAAUCACCAGCCAAGAUUUUUACUACCAUCUUUUAAUGCAAGUGUGCCAAGGAAUUUGCCUGUAGGGAAGAUUUUCCUGCCUGUGAUGGCCGCUGAUCCAGAUGAAGGUGACAAUGGCAAGCUGACUUAUGCAAUUUCUCCGAUAGGCAAUGAACUGGAUCUGUUUGCAGUUUCCCCUGAUGGAAUACUAUUCGUUAAGAAUCAACUUAAUCAGGCAGGGUCAUUGUAUACCCUCUCAGUUACAGUUACUGACAAAGGAAGCCCUCCUCUUUUGAGUUCUGUAUCUGUGACGGUUAACAUAAGAGAUUCAAUUGAGUAUCAGCCUAUUUUAAUUAAUGAUACUGCUGCAUUUUCUGUUGUGGAAAACCAGCUCCCAGGAACUAUGAUUGGCAGACUACCUCUUCGAAAUGAUGCUUCUUUAAAGUCUAAGAAGAUGAUUUAUUCUCUGCAUGACCAUCAUGGCAAUUUUGUUAUCAAUCCUGUGACAGGUAUUAUCACAACAGUGAGAACAUUUGAUCGAGAGCAAUUAGUUGAACAAAGUGGAAAGAAUGUCUUGGUGUUUCUUGCAAAGGCAACAUACGGUGACUCACCUUCCAAACAAGACACUGCAGUAGUGGUUGUUACUGUAGAAGACCAAAAUGACAAUAUACCUGAGUUCCGUCAUUCUGUUUUGUUUGUCACAGUUGAAGAAUCAACUCCAGUAGGUUCAAUUGUUUAUAAAGUCCUGGCCAGUGACCCUGAUGAAGGAGUCAAUGCUAACUUUACUUUCUCAAUAAUGAGUGGGCCAAAUUCCGAAGUAUUUUCGAUUGAUCCUGUGCAUGGAAAUCUUUUUCUCAACCAUUCACUUGAUAGGGAAAAAGUGGAUCAUUAUACACUUACUGUCCAAGCCAUGGAUACUAACAAUAGAACCAUGUUCUCCCAAGUGCAUUUAGAAAUUAUUGUGGGUGACGCCAACGACAAUAAACCUGAGUUCACUGAGAAGCACUUAACUGUUAACGUGUCUGAAAAUUUGGCAGUAUCUUCCCUAGUUGCAAUGAUUCAAGCAACAGAUAAGGAUGCUGGUGAGAACUCUGAGAUUGCGUACACCAUCACAUCUGGAAAUUUGGAAGCCGUAUUUGACAUCAAUCACUUAACAGGAGAAGUCUUCCUUAGUAAGCCACUUAAUUAUGAAAGAACACAGAAGUAUACAUUAAAUAUCACAGCAGAUGACCGUGGGAAUCCCCCAAAGUCUACAGUGUCUUUGCUUAGCAUCAAUGUGAUUGAUGAAAAUGACAGUCCUCCAGUGUUUAAAGAUCAACCUUCUGUCAUCAGAAUGCUGGAAAAUGUGACAUCAGGCUCUUUGAUUGCUCAUUGUUCUGCAACUGACGUUGACAGUGGGGAAAAUGGCCGUGUAACAUAUGGCAUCCUUAGUCAGACUCCACCCGAGGAAAUGGCUUUCGAGGUGAACCCUGUUACAUGUGCCAUUACCACAAGACGGAUUUUAGAUCGUGAAACCACCCCCCAAUACAAAAUUGUUAUUCGAGCAGUGGAUAGUGCGAGUCCUGGAUCAGCUCAGCUCUCUGCUACUAAAGAGGUCACUGUUUUGCUACAAGAUGUGAAUGACAACAAACCUAUAUUUGCGACUGCACCUGCUGUGGGAAUUAAUGGCAAUGAAGGUCCAAAUACUGUUGUCACGACUAUUUUGGCAACAGACACUGAUACUGGAAAUAAUGCAAAGGUAACCUACAAUAUUGUCAGUGGAGAUACAAGCUUUUUCCAGUUGGAUGCCAACACAGGACAGUUAGUCACGCGAUCACAGUUACCCAGUAAUCGUCUGAAUUAUCAGCUAAGAGUAUCGGCUCAUGACGAUGGUGUGCCGUCACAAGUCUCUGAGACUUCUGUGACACUCUUCAAAAAAGGGCAACCAAACAGUGGACCAACCUUCACUCAAGCUUCAUACAGGGGCUCUGUUGAGGAGAAUAGCAGAACUGGGACAUCUGUGACUCAAGUUCAGGCAGCAUUUUCUCCAAGCAUACCUGGUGCAGUUAUCAAGUAUUACAUGACCGCAGAUUCUAGUAAUGGUUCAUUUGCCGUGAAUGAAAAUAGUGGUGACAUUACAACUGCUGUCGAACUUGACCGUGAUAAUGUCUCGACAAGUGUGUUUACAUUAACAUUGUAUGCAGUUGAUAUCAGUGGUCCCAGUGCACGAACAAGCAGCACAACUGUGGAAAUCACUGUUGAAGAUAAGAAUGACAACAGUCCAAUUUUUAUUCAGUCUACUUACAUAGCAACUGUGAUGGAACAGUUACCACCUGGUGCAAGUGUUGCAACUGUGUCUGCUGUCGACAAGGAUCAAGGUCUCAAUGCACAAGUGCGCUAUUCUAUCAUUGGUGCUGGUUCUUUCCAAAUCAACAUUGCGACUGGUGAAAUCACUACACAGCAAGUGCUGAAUCGCACUGUCCAAGAAGAGUACAACUUAACUGUUUUUGCAACUGAUGGUGGCAAUCCAGCCCUAUAUUCAAGCUGUGUUGUCAUGGUAACAGUGAAAGAUGCUAAUGAUAAUGCACCACAGUUUGAUCGCCUAUUCUAUGAUUUUAAUAUCUUUGAAGAGACAGCUGUUGGGGCUAUUGUGGGGACAGUGAGGGCAACAGACAGCGAUAUUGGAGAGAAUGCCAGAAUUAGCUAUAGCAUUGUUGGUAAUCACAGAGACGUCUUCUCGAUGGACCCGUUCAGUGGGCAUUUGAAAGUGGCAGGAACACUUGACAGAGAGACAGUCGAAAUUUACAUUCUUAGUGUGUCUGCGACUGACCAUGGUAAUCCUCGUAAGUCUGCCUAUGCGGAGGUUUAUGUUAAUGUGUUGGACAGAAAUGAUAAUGCUCCAGAGUUUUCAAAGAGCAUGUACCAUGUAAGCAUCUCAGAAGCAGCUGCAAAAGACAGUAGCAUCAUAACUGUCUCAGCCACUGAUAAAGACUUUGGCACCAAUGGGGUUGUCUCAUACACUAUAUUGGCUGGAAACAAUGACCGCACCUUUGGUAUCUACUCAAACGGUACUAUAUACAACCUGAAGACCUUCGACCGAGAGCGGAAGAGUUCUUACCAACUUAGCAUCCUAGCAAGAGAUCAUGCAAAACCUGUAGCAGCACAGUUGUCUAGCACAGCAGCAGUCCAGGUGACAAUCACAGAUAUCAAUGACAACAGUCCUUAUUUCAUCUCCGGCAAUGUCACCCACGUGUCAGAGCAUGCUGCAGGAGGUGAUGUCAUCACCACAAUCAUGGUGGCUGAUGAAGAUGCAGGAAGUAACGGAAAGGUAACCUUUGGUUUGGUUAAACUCGAUGCGUUUGCACCUUUUAGUUUAGGUGCAGCUGACGGUGUACUCCGGGUAUCAGGGAGUCUGGAUCGUGAGGUGAGAGACAGUUAUGUUGUAAGAGUGAUUGCUACUGACCAAGGUGUCCCAGCAAAGCGUACAGAGAAAAAGCUGACAAUCGUAGUUGAUGAUUAUAAUGACCAUGCCCCAGUUUUCCAGUCAGGAGUGAGCCAAGUUCCUGUUUUCGAGAACAUUUCAAUCGGAAGUGAAGUUGCAAGGUUUGUGGCCACUGACAGCGACCAGGGCAGUAAUGCAGAGAUUCGCUAUAGCAUUGCUGCUGGUAACGAGAAUGGUAGCUUCGAGAUAGAUCCAUCAACUGGAGUUAUCAGCACAAUAAAAUCUUUGGACCGUGAAAACACACCCAGUUACAUCCUUGCCAUCCGCGCGUCAGAUUUAGGCAUACCACCGCGGUUUACUGACAAGAGCUUGAGCAUUUUUGUACGCGACGUCAAUGACAAUACCCCUACAUUCACUAAGGGUACUUAUACUCCAAGUGUAUUUGAAAAUGACUUGGUAGCCAAUGUUGUUACAGUGAAAGCCGUGGACAAUGAUGAAGGCCAGAAUGGAGCAUUAACAUACGAAAUUAUCCGAGGCAACGAUGGGGGUUUUUUCACCAUCAACGCCCAGACUGGUCAGAUAGGACUGACAAUAGCUUUGGAUAGAGAAAAGCAGGCAAAACACACCCUGAAAGUGCAGGCAAAGGAUGGAGGGACGCCGCCCCUUGUGGGUGAGGCCAUGGUCCUUGUGGAUGUGAAGGAUCGGAAUGACAACCCCCCUGUCUUUCAACCAGACUUCUUCAAGGCUUCAGUGAAAGAAAACUCGGGAGUGGACACGCCAGUUCUGCGAAUAACUGCCACUGAUGCUGAUACUGGGGCUAAUAGUAAAAUCACCUACAGUUUGUCAGUGUCUUUUGGAUCGUUUGCAAUUGAUGCAAACACUGGACAAGUGAAAACCACUGCUUUUCUUGAUCGUGAAACUACGUCUUCGUUCGAGUUGAGCGUGUUGGCCACUGAUGGAGGGAUCCCUCCACAGACAGGGAAAGCUACUUUGCUCGUAAAUGUGGAAGAUGUCAACGAUUUUGAUCCUGCUUUUUCAUCUGAUCUGUACACUGGAACGGUGUCCCCUGGGGCUGCACCAGGGACCUUCAUUAUCAUGGUCUCUGCCGCGGAUAAUGAUAUUGGCCCCAACGCCGAAUGUGAGUACACUUUAACACCCACUUUAACACCCACGUUACCACCUGUCUUUCAAAUUUCCCCUCAGACAGGUAUCAUCACCGUGGCACAGAACGUUCCCUCAAGCCGCUCUUCGUACUCCUUUAUAGUAAAGGCUGCUAACGUGAACGCACCGCUUCGCACCGAUACCACCAAUGUCCAAAUAAAUGUGCUAACAGGUUCCUCUCCAGUCUUUCAACAUCAGGACCAAAACAUAACGGUCUCUGAGCUGGCACCUGUAGGGACAGAAAUCUUAAAUGUAAAUGCUACGGGGCAUAUUUCCUAUUUCAUCGCUGCGGGCAACACCGGUGAUGUGUUCAAUAUUGACAAACUGGAUGGAGAGUUGAGAAUUCUGAAGCCUUUGGACUUCGAGCAGCAAAAGAGCUACGCUGUUAUAGUAGGCGCGAGGGGUGCAGGUAUACAGUCUCUGUCUAGCUUCCUGACAAUCCGUGUUCUAGUUACUGAUGAGAAUGACAACCCUCCUCAGUUCAAUCAAAGCGUUUAUCGAGUACAAAUUCAAGAGGAACUCCCUGAAAAUACCACAGUUCUCUGGGUACAUGCGUCUGACGCUGAUUCAGGACCUAACGCAGUGGUGAAGUACAAAAUAGCUCCAGGCAACAGUCUGGCAAGUGCAGCGUUCCAAGUGUCCCCAAAAACAGGGCGUAUAUACACCAGCGUCAAACUCGAUCGAGAGAACACUUCUUUGUUUACGUUUAAGGUCCGCGCUGAGAACGUCGCAAACAGAUCCCUGGCAGACGAAGCCUUCGUUAUUGUAAGCGUACAGGAUAUCAACGACAACGCGCCUGUUUUCAUAGAUCCUAUGACAGCUUCCGUUUAUGAGAACGUCUCUACUGGAUUUAGAGUGGCGGUGCUGAGUGCCACCGAUGCUGACACUCAGAGUAACGCGCAACUGCGGUUUAGUUUCGCUCCUGGAGGCAAUCCAGAUGGUGUGUUUAAUCUUGACGCGAAUAACGGUAGUUUGACGGUACAGAACAACUUGAAUAGAGAGUACAGAUCCCAGUACGUUUUGCAAGUAGCAGUGGGAGAUUCCCUUCAUACAGUUACGUCCAAUUUCACUGUCAUAGUCUUGGAUGUUAACGACAACCCACCGAGAUUCGUCUCAGACUUGCUGUCACAGACAAUCAAGGAGGAAUUACCGAUUGGAUCGGAAGUGGUAAAUGUAACUGCCCAUGAUGAUGACAUAGGUACGAACGCGGUUAUCCUCUACUCCAUUCUGCCUUCUCUUGCUAGCGAUGUUUUCACUGUUAAUCGCCAAACGGGUGUUCUCCGCCUCAAUAAAGAGUUGCUAUAUAAGAAACCAAGCCCUCUUGGAAACGAGAAUUUGUACAAUAUCACAGUGAAGGCAAGAAAUCCUUACUCGCCAUUUUUUGAAGCGACGGUUCAUGUAGUUGUGGAAGUGACUGAUGCCAACGAUCACAGCCCAGUGUUCACGCCAGCUUUGUACAGCUUUUUCGUCAUCGUUAAUACAAGAAGUGGAGAGACAGUUGGGCGUGUAGAGGCAACAGAUCAGGAGGAUGAAGGUGUAAACGCGCGUGUGCGCUAUGAAAUAAUCAGUGGCAAUGGCUCCGCACUGUUCAGCCUUGAUUCAGACAGUGGAAAUGUGACAGUAGCAGGAAAUAUUGCUACUCCAGGUGUGUUUUUCUUGCGGAUUAAGGCAGAAGAUUCGGGAGAUCCCUCCAAGGAAAGCGAGGCCGAUGUUUACGUUGAAGUUGUUGAACGGAACAACCAUUCACCUGAAUUUCUUCCUCAGUAUCAAGCUAGUAAGCUGGAAACCUUGCCCGUGGGGAGUGAAGUUUUAAGUGUUACCGCCACAGAUCAGGAUUCCGGGACAAAUGGCCAAGUAUCUUAUCGUAUAGAGAGUGCUAAUCCACCCGGCUAUUUUGGAAUUGGAGAAAGGAAUGGCUCUAUAUAUGUUCAAAAGCCUCUGGAUUACGAGCUUACUCGGCUGUUAAUAUUGAACGUUGUCGGCACAGAUGCUGGAAAAAUUCCGCGGUCAGAUUCCGUGGAAGUGCGUAUCACCCUCCUUGAUGCGAACGAUAACCGACCGACUUUUACACAGAAAGAAUACCACGGAUAUGUACCGGAGAAUACCUCCCCGGGAGCCCCUGUUGUUUCUGUAACAGCUUUAGACCCCGAUCAAGGUCUUGGAGGGACCGUGGAGUACAGCAUCACAAGUGGCGGCUCGGCGGGCUUAUUUGAAAUAAAUCGGUCAAGUGGAAAAAUCAUAAGUAGAGCAACGUUUGACUAUGAAGUUGAGGAUAUGUAUGCAUUGACUGUCACCGCCAGAGACCAAGGGAAUCCUCAGUUAGAAUCCCAGCCUAGCGCCAAAGUGUUGGUUCACGUUACCAGUGUAAAUGAAUAUCCGCCCAGGUUUAACAAGUCGCUGUUUCAAGCCUCUGUGGCCGAAAACGCACCGAUUGGACAGUCUGUUACUCAGAUAUACGCAACAGAUCAAGACAAGGGUCCGGAUGGUGAAGUUAUUUUUGUGCUAGUGGGCGAAAGUAACUUCCAGGGAUUCAAGUUAAAUCGACUGUCAGGUGUGCUAAGCGUUUCUGGAAAAUUGGACAACGAACGAGCGGGUAUGGUAACGCUCCAGGUUCUCGCUAAGAACGCGUUACAGACAAGAGUGACUCCUGAUACUAGCGACCUAGCAAAGAUAAUCGUGACAGUCACGGAUGCUAAUGAUGCCCCUCGUUUCCUUCAGAGUGUGUACAACGCGAGAGUCACGGAAGGUACUAUUUCGGGGUCGUUUGUGACCAAUGUUAGCGCCGUUGAUGAUGACUUUGCAAAAUCCCCUGCAGAAGCGAGGAUAAGGUAUGGAAUUUUGACCGGUAACAUUGAAAAUGCAUUCAUAAUUGAUCCAGACUCGGGUGCAAUAACAACUCUUAAGAGUCUGGACAGGGAGUCGGUUUCACAGUACAGUCUAACAGUUACCGCUACGGACCAAGGACGGCCACCUAUGUCUGGCAACGCCACUGUCAUUGUUAGAAUUGACGAUAUCAACGAUAACGCGCCACGCCUUCCUGGUAACUGCAUAGGUAGGGUACGUGAAAAGGAGCCCGCGGGUACUCAGGUUAUUACACUGACGCCUUAUGACCCUGACGUGGAUCCCAAUCAAGGGCCGUUUACUUUUGUCAUCGAUGGGACCCCCAACAAUGAGUUCCAUUUGGACGGGAGAACUGGGGUGAUAACGACUACCGUUGAACUUGAUCGCGAGGUCACCGCCUCUUACAAUCUGUCGAUAAGAAUAUCCGACGGUGGCUCCCCACAACAAUCUGCCGUGUCAUACUGCGAAAUUCAAGUACAGGAUGUCAAUGAUAAUCCACCCCGACAGACUUCACGAAUCGUGCACGUGAACAUCAACAACAGCUUGCCAUCCGGGGACUUGGCAAAAGUGCAGCCUGAAGAUCCCGAUGUUAAUGACGUGUUUGUGUGCGAGAUACUGCAGGAUAGCAAUGGACUGUUCGGGUUUGCUCCUGGAAGUUGUGUACUGAGGACAAAAAACAAACAAACGGGAAGCGUGGUUAUGGAUUUAAAGGUGAACGGUUCUGAUGGAAAGUGGGCCGUGUCUUACGAUGUACAGGUCCGAUUUGUGGCCUUUAACCUACAAACUUUCGCUAAUAGCUUAACAGUGCGAGUACAGAACACGAGCCCCGAGCGAUUCCUUUCACAGUCAUAUCAGAAAUUCUUGAACUCCAUAAACGUCAUUGUCUCGCCGCUUGGAUACAAUUCGCAGCUCUUUAGCAUCAAAUCCGCAGGAGUUGGCCUUGUAGACUUAACAGUAGCGGCCAAAAAACCUCAGGCGUUUGAAUAUAUGAGGCGAGAGGAACUGUCUACCGCGCUGAGAAACAACAGAGCUGAUUUGGAAAGAAAUGGUAAUGUUAAUAUUCAAAAUGUGGAUUACACUCCUUGUACCGCCAGCAGUCCUUGUCAAAAUGGAGGCGAGUGCACAAGCUAUAUGUACAACCUUGGCACUGUUACUACCCUGGAGACCACACCUGUUAUCUUUCUGUCAGUGGAUUACGAAUGGCGUUUUAGCUGCGUUUGCAAACCAGGUUUUGGCGGCAAGACAUGUGCAGUAAGCGAGCAAGGCUGCAACCUUAAUCCAUGCAAGAACGGUGCCACGUGUUUGGACAAAGACUCCUCGUUUUCAUGCCAGUGUCCAUCAGGUUUUACCGGUCAUACCUGUUCUGAUGAUGUCAACGAGUGUGAGCCGAAUCCCUGCAAGAAUGGCGGAACCUGUAAGAAUCUUAUAGGGAGUUACCAGUGUGACUGCAAGCCGGGAUAUUUGGGUAAGAAUUGCUCGUCUGGAUACGAUUUUUGCCGGGUGGCCUCUGUCACCUCCUGGGCCACACCCAGGUGUACCUGCUCCCAAGGACAGCUGUGUCAGUGUUCCUGUAUUGGCUUUGAAUCUGCUUCCUACCUUCAGCUUCCUACUUUGGAAAGUCUGCAGCGAGGUAACUUCAACAACAUCACUUUCGAGUUUGCUUCGUCUCAGAGCGACAGCUUGUUGCUGUACAACCAUGACGGACAGAACAAGGUGGAUUCGGAUUUUAUUGCCAUACAGAUCGUCGGUGGAAAGCUUCGACUGUCGUUCAAUCUUGGAUAUACAAGGAGUCCUGUUGUUGUGGAGGCGGAAAACUUUGUAGCUGAUGGAAAAUGGCACACGGUUAUGGCCAUUAGAAAUAGGAAGGUGAGUUCAGAUUCUUUAUUAUUUUUUUAAGUGUAACGAGGUUUCAAUUGUAUAGAAAAGUUGGUUGUAGUUCAAACAACAUUAGUAGUUGAAUAUCUCUGUGUGCUGCAACGCUUCUUUGAAAUCACUUCCGCGCCACUUCUGUUUGGGCAGCAGAUGCUAAGAGCUUACGCUUCUACCUAGAUCGUCCUUACGCGAAAGCCAGAUGAAAUCUUCUCUCGGGGAGAAAUGCCCUUUUGGCAAGUAUCCCAUUGAAGAAAACCGCUGACACUAACCCAAUAUGGCCGUGAAAGUAUGUUAAGGGCCAAAAUAUAUAUGUUUCAGUAACUUCAACUUAAUGUUCGUUUAGCUUACCAUAUUUAGAAAUGUUGCACUAUAAUUCUACAGCUAACGUGAAUGUUGGCAACUCGAAAGCUGUCCCUCCUCCAAAGAUGGUCUUUUCUUUAACGUCUCUAUAUGAUACAUGCUUGUGAAUGUAUUUUAGAAUAAUUGUUAAUAAUAAGUAAUGCCCUGUUAACAGUGUAAAAAUGAAGCUGAAGUUGAAGUGAAUCCCUUGGCUAAUGACUAAUAUUGUUUGUAAAAUUUUGGACAGGUUGGUGAGGUUUCCGUUGAUUCAUCUGCUCCAGUGAGCGUCUCAUCUCAAGGACAGUUACAGUAAGUAGUCACCUAAAAAAAACACCUUUGCUUAUCUGUCACCCGUCUACUCUUCCCUUCCCCUUCCCUCCCCCUCCCUUCCCCUUCUCUACUCCUCCAGUUGAAGCUUUAUGAAAAAGGUAACCCUCCCCCUCUUCCAUUUUCCUGAACGGCUGGCAUUCUGGGAAUGGUUGUUUUCUUGCACUGCUUGACAGUAUAAAGUUUCAUGAUUUAAAGCGUGCAGAAUUUCCCGCUAACACAACUUGUCAUCGAACUUGAAAUCCAGCAGUCGAUUACUGUAGUACGAAAGUAGAAAAUCCUGCUUUUCGCGUCCCAGGUUUAAACACAUUUGAGACUAGAAACCCAAACGCUGACGCACCCUUUGAUUUUAUACAGGAAACUGGACUUGCUCGGGGCACCGCUUUUUUUAGGUGGGGUCAGAGAUCUGGACAGUGCACUUGCUCAUCCGGGACAACACAUUCAAGCUGAUGAUUUUCUUGGCUGCAUGCGCAAUGUGUUCAUCAAUGACAGGAAACUGGAUCCAAGUUUAGCCAAAGAUUCCGCUGGCAUUUCUGACCGCUGUCCUCGACGUGGCCAGUGUUCUGAUGGUCUGUGCAAAAAUGGCGGGAAAUGUGUGGAUUACUGGUUUGAUUAUGUGUGUGAGUGCAAGACAGGUUAUAGCGGCAGGAAUUGUGAAGAAGGUAAGCUUUAGGUUUCAACACAUAUCCUUUCCCCCUUCCAUUAAGAAAGUGGUAUUGUUCAGUUUAAAUCGCUCUAAGGGCGAGUUAACUUUCACAAAGAACUGAAAACUCAUCAAGUCUAAAAUGCAUUAUUGCUACUCGCAAAACUUUGACAAAUUACAGAUCCAGCAUAGCAAAACACCUUUCACACAGGGCGCCUUCAUAAGUAAUGGAGCGCGCAAAUCUUACUCCUGCGUGCGUAGAGUCGCGUGUUCCGCACUUGAUUACAUCUCGUAUUAGCUAACCGCUUGUUUUCGUAAGCUACUUUUGAUUUCUGGAGCCUAUGCAAAUGAAAAAUGAAAAUUGGUUUUAAAUUAGUGAAAAAAGGUAUUGUGUGGGUGGCAAAUAAAUUUACUUAAAGGUUUCUUACUCUCUCACUCUGUAGAAGUACAACCAGUGAAAUUCGGCGAGAACAGCUUUCUGGCAUUACAGUUUAAGGAAAGCUAUCGCCGCGAGCGGCAGCGUGAAGACAGAGAAGGCGACGCAGUUCGGAAAAGACGAGCCCUGCCUCCAAGUAGUGAACGGUUCUCCAUUCGUUUUCGCACUCGAAACGACGGGCUGCUUCUCCUCGCUACAGACUCAGUUGUUACCAGUGUAUCAGGGUACACUGUGGUGGAGGUUAGUCUCAAAACUUUAUUUAUUUAUUUUUUCGAUAUCAAUUCAGGCGAGUAGGAAAAUGAGCCGCCUCAACUUUCACAAAGACUUUAGGGACUUUUACUAGGGACAUGGAAAUAAUUGGCCAAUACAGUAAAAAACCGCGUAUAAGAACCUAAGUUUUUUUCAAGCUAGGCUAAGAAGGUUCUUUUAAAAAUGGUGCUAACUGGAAAAUUAGGCUACUCAGGUUCUUAAAGAGGUUCUUAUUUUUAAAAAUAAAUGAGGUGUUUGUCAUUGGUGGGUGUGGCCUAUUUUGGGCCUAUUUUUGGUAUUGCAUGCAUAAUAUGUUGUAAAAAUCCCUUUAAUCCAAGCAUAUUAAAGCCAUUUAUCAAGUUUAUGAAAAGCUAUGCUAGUUAAACAGAACAAAAACAACAUUAAAACAUGAUACUUUGUUUCAUCUUUAUUUCACUAACUGGUGGAGCUUGUUCUAUUAAAUUUGUGUAUUUAGUGGUAGACAGAAUUUCUCAAAAUAAGAACCUGUCUAAAAAUUGUGGGCUAAAACAGGUUCUUAUGUAAAAGGGGUCUAAAUGGACAAUAUUAGUCUAUCAGGUUCUUAAAAUCUAGGUUCUUAUAUAAGGCGAAUCUUUGCUAACGUCACUGUUUACAUUUUUCCUCAUUAGCAUACGACUUAACUCAUAGAAGCCGUGACCGCACAUAUGAACUAAAUGCAAAACUUGAAAGAGCUGAUUAAGUUGAGCAAUUUGUGCCAUUUUCCGCUCUUUGCAAGCAAUAUUGAAAGAAAUAUCAGCCAUCAAAAACUGCGAAAUUGCUAUGUGGCGAAAAAGUUAAUGAGCCAUACAUUCUCUGUAAAAUUUUGAGUUUUCAGAAGAGAAUUUCUCCGAAACCAUUCGGUGUAUUGGGCUCAAAUUUUCAGGGAUAACUGAAACUGUUGUGUUAUUUCAAUAUUCAGAGUUUUUAUUUUAUUAGCGUCGUCAGAUAGUGAUAGCAUAUGUGAAUGAGGCAAAAAGUUAGGUUUGUUUAAGUUACGUUGAGAAAACACGCUUCAUUUUUGCAAUCAGUCUUAAAAAUUAUUUACUGUAGAAACAAAGACACAACCGCCUUCGUGACCUGCUUGGGUUACACCCGUUUCUUCUUCGCACGAGUUGCAAGUUUCCCUGCCCUUAUUUUUGGUAUGCGCCUAUUCCAUAUUUUCCCGCGCUUCGUAUCCGUUGCGUUCUCCCUGCUGUGUACUUUUUCAUGUUUUCCCGCGCUUAAAGGUUGAUUUCCACUGACAAGUCUUUGGGUACGCAUGUUAACGCACGCAAAUUUUAAUUACGUAAAUAAAGUAGAGGCAAGAUAAAGAGUGCUGAGCUUAAACGAGAAGUUGAGCGAGGUUUAACUUUUAUGCUUACGAGCAACCUUUCAUGCAUUGCCUCUAUUUUAUUCGCGAACGUAAAUUUUACGCACGUCAAACGUGAAAAUUACGCGACACUGGAAAUCAACCCUAAAGUAGGUUGGAUCUGUAGCUGACUUGCGUUACACGUUUUUUCUCCUCGUUUGGUUGGGGUUUUCUCGCUUCUCUACUUGUUUUGAUUUUUAGUUCGUUUUUCACGACAAUCAUUCUUUUAACCAUUUUUUUUGCCUUCUUUAUCAGAUAAAGUCAGGUAACCUCAAGUACACCUUUGGAAAUGGAGGCGACGCGGCCAGUUUUACUGUUGAGUCUCCCGUUGUGACGGACGGCGAGUGGCACAACGUUACUCUUUUGCACCAAGGUAAAAGGGUGGCUGUCACGCUCGACGGCGAGUCCCGCACCAAAAUGUUUGAUGCUGCUGCACAUGACUUCCUGGGAAAGAACAUCCAAAGCUGGUUUUUGGGCGGAUAUAAUUCCUCUUUAACGGCCCUGAGCCUGAAAAAAUUUCGCGGUUGUAUGGAAGAUUUGAGCAUCGAUGGCCUUCAUGUUUCCUUCUCUGGGCCGAACAAGUUUGCGGUGAUUUCUUCACCAGGUGGGGCGGUCGAAGAGGGAUGCGACGGAUCAGGAGCGUGCGCGACAGUUCAGUGCCAAGAUCCGCUCAAACCUUAUUGCUUUGAAGAGUGGGAGGGUUACACCUGUAUCAGCGAUGUUCAGUGCAAAUCGAACCCGUGUAAAAACAACGGAGUUUGUUUACCGCAGAAGGAUGGAGGUUUUAACUGUGAAUGCAAGGGAGACUUCAACGGAGAAACUUGUGCUAUACCUGGAGUAUGCUGGCCUCAUCCAUGCGACGACGAUAAGUUAUGCCGCGUUGGUGAUUCAGGGAAGUUUGAUUGUUAUGUGGCGAGCGGACGAACGGGAGAUACGGGAAGCUCCCUGAGUCCCGGAGUAAUCGCAGCCAUCGUUUUUCUAGUCGUUUUGGUCAUUUUGAUCGUCGUGGCGGUGAUAGUUGCUCGUCGUUAUCGCAGACAGCGACAAAAAGCAGCCAGCAGGGCGCCGGCGGAGUUUGACGCGACCGCGGGUACGGAGGUAGCUGCGGACGUGCAAGAGGCUUCCCAAAGAACGUCCCCGUCUCACAGCAGUGACGAUAGUGGCGUUGUGAUCCGUAAUCCCAGCCAGAAGUCCUUGACAGAUUUACGACAGUCUGCGCUUCCAAACGGAAAGGAUAUAGUCAUACAUAAUGUCGGUGCGCCGGAGGAUUAUCAAAUCAAGCUUACGAAAACUUCUCAAGAGAAAAUCGACCCAGGUUUCUCCGAGUCCGACGGAGAGUUUAUUAUGAGGAAUGGAAUGGUUUUGGGAAUGAAGGAAACACCCAUCAACAGGGCGGAUAUAUCGGGGAUAUCACGGGCUCCCAACCAUCGGAGCACACCACUAGACAGGGAAGGUGGCCGGCCAUUACCCAAUAGCAGAUCAAGGAACCGGGAGAGAAAAAUCCCCAAUCCUCACUUUAGGCAUGGUAUGGAUAAGAGGCAACCGCUGUCCAGAAGCGUUUUGGACCCUAGAUUGCGCGGUCCAACAAACUCAAAACCCUCGCGGCGUUUCCGGAAAGGCUCGCUGGGAUCUUCGAGCAGCGACGAACCUCCGGAUUUCUCUGAUGUCGGUCACAAGUCUGAUGAUAACAACUCUGAACGACUGGAGCACUACGACAUUGAGGUUGCGAGCCUCGGAUAUAGUGAAGUUUCUUAUCAAUACGAUCCGAAUACUUUCAGAGACCAGUCGUUGAAUCGUCGUGAGCCCCCGGGCUUGUCCGCGGCAGAGAUCGAGAGACUCCGUAAACAACCGCCAUCGGGUAGUUUACUUGAUGCGGUGUCUUCCAUUAGUGACGAAGAUGCUCCGACGAUCGAUAAGUUGUCGAGUGUUCUCGAAGUUCCGGACACUUCAAGUGAGAGCUCGGACGAUACGUUUACGUGCAGCGAAUUCGAAUACGACAAUGACGAACCGAGCCGAGAGGAUUACGAACGUGGAAAUAUGGUGUUUUCAAAACUUGCCGAUGAAGACAUAAUAGGUAACGACAAACACGCGAAAGCAACAGUUGAAAACGAUGGACGAACAUCUCACAGGGGCUCGAUCAGCACCCUGCACUUCAGCGACGAGGAAAUCUUACCUCCCACUUUGAAUAGUAAACCCGCAAACGGGUCAAAAGAUUUGUUUAACUGGGACGAUGUGUUAAACUGGGGACUUCGUUAUCACAACCUUAGAGGAGUUUACAAAGACAUCGCGCAAUUGAAAGAUUCUUCAAGUCCUCGGAGAAGGAAAGACGAAGAAUAUGUCUAAAUUGUUGAAAUUGAAAUAUAGGACAUUAUUUUUUAAGAGUGGACCAGUUAUUUAUUGACACUUACAGAGCAUUACCUAGAUUAUCAAGAACGAGGUGUAUAUAACGUUUUAGUUAGAAGUGUUUUAUGUACAAACACUUUUUUGUUAUGCCUUCAAAUAUGAACAAGGUUAAGAUUCAGCUUAAAAGCGUUCGUAAGCUUCUUUUGGAAGACAAACCUCUGCAAUUUUCCACUAUGUUGGGGUGCGCUUCAGAUAUGAACGAGUAGACGUUUUUCUUAAUCUUAUUGUUUUCUCUGAAAUUCCA